UUAGAAGCUGCUCUUCACCGAGAUGAUGUAGAGUUUAUCAGUGACUUGAUUGCCUGUUUGCUUCAGGGCUGCUAUCAGCGAAGGGAUAUCACGCCUCAGACAUUCCACAGCUACCUAGAGGACAUCAUAAACUACCGCUGGGAGCUGGAAGAAGGGAAACCCAACCCUCUAAGAGAAUCCAGUUUCCAAGACCUGCCUCUCCGUACCCGUGUAGAAAUCCUGCACCGCCUCUGUGAUUAUCGGCUAGAUGCGGAUGAUGUCUUUGAUCUUCUCAAGGGUCUGGAUGCUGACAGUCUCCGCGUGGAGCCAUUAGGUGAAGACAAUUCUGGGGCACUGUAUUGGUAUUUCUAUGGAACUCGAAUGUACAAGGAGGAUCCGGUACAAGGAAAAUCCAACAGAGAACUCUCUUUGAGCAGGGAAAGUGAAGGACAAAAAAAUAUCUCAAAUGUUCCUGGGAAAACAGGAAAAAGAAGAGGAAGACCCCCAAAACGGAAGAAACUACAGGAGGAGAUUAUAGUAAAUGAAAAGCAGGAAGAAAAUUCCUUGGCAUCUGAGCUACAGACAAGAAAUGGGUCCCAGGGGCCAGGUCAAGGUACUUGGUGGCUCCUGUGCCAAACAGAGGAAGAAUGGAGACAGGUCACUGAGAGUUUUCGGGAGAGGACCUCCCUUCGAGAACGGCAGCUCUAUAAGCUCCUCAGCGAGGACUUCCUGCCUGAGAUCUGCAACAUGAUUGCCCAGAAGGAGACGCCUGUGCUUACCAGAAUAGAAAAACAGAAGCGCAAAGAAGAGGAAGAAGAACGUCAAAUUCUUCUCGCGGUGCAGAAGAAGGAGCAAGAGCAGAUGCUAAAGGAAGAAAGGAAACGAGAGUUGGAAGAAAAGGUCAAGGCAGUGGAAGAUCGAGCCAAGAGGAGAAAGCUCAGGGAAGAAAGGGCAUGGCUGCUGGCUCAAGGGAAGGAGCUCCCCCCAGAACUUUCCCAUCUGGACCCUAAUUCCCCCAUAAGGGAAGAAAAAAAGACUAAAGACCUCUUUGAGUUGGAUGAUGAUUUCACUGCCAUGUAUAAAGUUCUAGAUGUGGUAAAGGCUCACAAGGAUUCCUGGCCCUUUUUGGAACCUGUGGAUGAAUCGUAUGCCCCAAACUAUUACCAGAUUAUUAAGGUUCCCAUGGAUAUUUCAAGCAUGGAGAAGAAACUGAAUGGAGGUUUAUACUGUACCAAGGAGGAAUUUGUAAAUGACAUGAAGACUAUGUUCAGGAAUUGUCGAAAAUAUAAUGGAGAAAGUAGUGAGUAUACCAAGAUGUCAGAUAAUUUAGAGAGAUGUUUCCAUCGGGCGAUGAUGAAGCAUUUUCCUGGUGAAGAUGGAGACACAGAUGAAGAAUUUUGGAUCAGAGAGGAUGAAAAGCGGGAGAAGAGACGGAGUCGGACUGGGCGAAGUGGUGGAAGCCACGUCUGGACCCGGUCUAGGGACUCUGAAGGACCCAGCAGGAAACAGCAGCCCGUGGAGAAUGGAGGAAAGUCAUUGCCACCUGCACGCCGAGCUUCCUCUUCUGGGGAUGAUCAGAGCAGCAGCUCCAUGCAACUCCCUCGGGAGGUGGGCUCCUCAAAUGGCCGAGGCCUUCCUCGUCCCCUGCAUUAUGGUGGGAUGCCUAACCAGGCACCCCUUUUAAACCAGAUGAGGCCGACAGUACCAGGAACUUUUGGCCCCCUUCGAGGAUCAGAUCCUGCCAACUUAUAUGUCUCCUCUAGAGUCCCAGAACCACACCCCGGAGAUCCUGUACAGCAGCAUCAGCCUUUUGCCAUGCAGGCUCCAGCUGGAAUUAACAGCCACCGAGGACCCAGGCUAGGCACACCCGAAGAGAAGCAAGUGCGUGGGGGGCUGAUGCACCUUUCUAACAUGGGCUCACAUCCUGGAUCCUUGCCUCUUGGGCAGAUAAGUGGCCCCAGUCAGGAUGGAAAUAUGUAUCCACCAACUCAGUUCCAACCAGGAUUUAUUCCUCCCAGGCACGGAGGGGUUCCGGCCCGGUCCCCAGACUUCCCUGGAAGCUCAGAAAUUCCUCCCAGCCACAUGUACCGAUCAUACAAAUACCUGAAUCGAGUACACCCUGCUGUCUGGAAUGGAAACCAUGGUGCUGCAAACCCAGGACCCUUAGGGCCAGAUGAGAAGCCCCCUAUGGGGCCAGGGCCUUCUCAGACUCGUACUCUUGGUCACAUGAUGGAUUCCCGAGUGAUGAGACCACCUCUUCCUCCAAACCAGUGGACUGAACAGUCAAGCUUUCUACCUCAUGGAGUUCCUUCUUCAGGGUAUAUGCGAACACCCUGUAAAUCUGGUGGACAUCGGUUACAGCCACCUCUAGCACCAAGUCCUCUAUUUGGAGCACCGUCCCAGGUUCUGCGAGGGGUGCAAGGAGGGGACUCCAUGAUGGACAGCCCAGAGAUGAUCGCCAUGCAGCAGCUCUCCUCCCGCGUUUGCCCGCCAGGUGUGCCUUACCACCCCCAACAGCCUACUCCUCCCCAUUUACCUGGCCCUUUUCCACAGGUAGCUCACUCGACAUCAGCAAGUGUACCAGCUCCCAAGCCUGCCUUGGGGAACCCUGGGAGGACACAGGAUAACAGCGAAACACAAGAGCCUGAGAAUGACCGAGCAGAUCCCUUGCCUGGGCUUGAGGAGAAGCCACCAAGCGUUGGUGCUUCAGAGGGGGUGUACCUCAAACAACUACCUCACCCUACGCCUCCCCUGCAGACCAACUGUACCAGGCAGAGCUCGCCACAAGAAAGAGAAGCAGAGCAUACAGAGCUCAAAAGUGACUCCUCAGCAUCUGGUGACAACUGUCAGGCAAUACAGGGCAAGAAUACCUGGCCCUCGGAGAGCAGCUACACCAGCCCAGCAGCCCAGGGAUGUAUGAGGGACCUCUCCACUCUGGCAAAUAGAGGGGCUCUCCCGGAAAAUGGUGUGAUUAUGGAAACACCCACUUGUGGAUCAGAAGGGAAGGGCCUUGGUGGUAGUGGUUCAGAAAAGCUGCUCUGCCCCAGAGGCAAAACACUGCAGGAAACAAUGACAUGUACAGGACAGACCCCAGCUGUGCCUCCCAAUCCUGACCCUAAUUUGAUGGGAGGCACUGUCAGCCAGUUUUCUCCCUUGUACAUGCCUAGCCUGGAAUACCCAAAUUCAGCUACACAUUACCACAUCAACCCAGGCCUGCAAGGUUUGGGUCCUGUGAUGGGAGGUAAACCCUCAGUAUCACAUCCUCAGCAUUUUUCCCCUAGGAGCUUUCAUUCUAACAACCCUCAUUCUGGAGUCUUUCCCCGGUAUCGCCCUCACCAAGGCAUGAGGUAUUCCUACCAGCCACCACCUCAGCCUUCCUACCAUCACUAUCAGCGAACUCCUUAUUACACAUGUCCACAGGGCUUUUCUGACUGGCAGAGACAUCUCCAUCCCCCAGGAAGCCCAGGUGGGCCCCCACCUAGUCAGCCUACUCCUCCAAGGCCCCUCUUCUCAGAUAAGAAUGCUGUGGCUAAUCUACAAGGCUGUGAGACACUGCAUGCUGCCUUAACUUCCCCAACCCGAAUGGACGCGGUGGCCGCUAAGGUCGUCUCAGCUGAUGGGCAGAAUCCUGGUCCAGAGGAAGAGAACCUGGAUGAAUCUAUGGAGAGGCCAGAGAGUCCCAAAGAAUUUUUAGACCUGGACAACCAUAAUGCAGCCACCAAGCAACAGAGUUCAUUGACAGCCAACGAGUAUCUUUAUGGAACUCCUCCUCCUCUGAGUUCAGGGGUGGGGUUUGGUUCAUCUGCUUUCCCACCUCAUGGUGUGAUGCUACAAACAGGGCCUCCUUAUACACCUCAGCAGCCAGCCAGUCAUUUCCAGCCCAGGGCAUAUUCUUCCCCUGUGGCUGCUCACCCACCUCACCAUCCAGUGGCUGCCCAGCCCAACGGCCUCUCUCAGGAGGGCCCCAUCUACCGCUGCCAGGAAGAGGGCCUGGGCCACUUUCAGGCUGUAAUGAUGGAACAAAUUGGCACUGGAAGUGGAAUAAGGGGAUCUUUCCAGGAAAUAUACAGACCAUCAGGAAUGCAGAUGCGUCCAGUCCAGUCACAGCCCUCUUUCCCAAAGACCCCAGCACCAGCAGCAUCACAGGAAGAGCUGCCACCACAUAAGCCCCCAACACUUUCUCUUGAUCAGAGCUAGUCCAAGGAGGCAAUAACCCCCAAGGAAACGGAUAGCUGCACAUGAAGACUGGAACAUGGAGAAAUUGGGUGAAUGAUCCUCACCCAUCUCUAUCCCUGUCACCGCCGCACCCCUUCAAAGUGCACCGCUUUAUGCCAUCCAGGAGCCGAGCCAUUUCCGGAGCCCCAGAAGCACACUCCAUAGAUAACUAACAUAGAGCUUGCAAGGGUCCUGGGUUGGGGAUCUCUUGCAUAACUAAUAAUCAAGAACAAAUGAAUUGGAAUUAGUAAUGGCUUUUCAAGUCCUGAGACCCUUGUUCAGGAAAAAGCAUCUAAAACUUGGGGGAGGGGCAUACUUAAGAAUGGGGCGGUGCUUGUAAACUUUCAUGAGCAGCUAAACUCAGGUAUAUAUUUGGGGAAGGGACUACUUGUAGUAUUAAUGUGUUCGGAGCUGGGUCCAGUUUACAGAAUUUUCAUGUUGCCUUUUAAAAUAAUUUUUGUUGUUGGUGGUGAAUGUAUUGUACAUAGACUGGGAAGGGUAAGUGGGGAUCUAGAAGAAGCAGAAGUCCUAACUGGUGGGCACACAGCACCGGAGUGAUCCUUAUCUGUUUACAGUCUCAUCACACUGAACACUUUUGGAGCUGGAGAAAAGGGUAGGAAAGGUUUACUCUUAUGUCACUGCAUUUCCUCAGUGGCCAGCUGUCCUUUAAGAGUUAAAGUCCUUUCCAGUCACCCCAAGAGAGCACCAUCACACUGCCCUGCUGACCGUUUAGUUUUUAGUUUCUCAGUUCAGAGAGUGUGUUCUCAUGACCUUCCAAAAGUUUCAGCCCAGAAGACAGACUGCCCUCUCAGCUGGUGGCCCAGAUUCUGGACUGAGAGCAGUGCCCUUCCUGAUUUGCCACCAGCCCUACCAGAUAGUCGUAAACCAAUAUCAGGAAUUGGAAUCACUAGAGUGUUUUGCUUAUUAGAAGGUAAAAUGAAUCGUCCUCUUCACAGACCUGCCAGGACUGUGAUCUGGACGGAAUCACAGCUUUCUGGCACAAAUCACAUUUUGUGGAAGUGACUACUCAGGUUUGUAUAUGUUAGUAUCAAUAAAGAAAUUGCACAGUUUUGAAUAGGAAAAUGUAAUCUAUAGAUUUACAGUUUGAAUUUAGGAAUAUUUUGGUUUAUAUAGUUUUUAUUCAUUUUAAGUGAAUCAUAGGAAAAUAAGUCAUGGUGAUUUAAAAUAGCUGUCAAGAACAAGUUCUCGGGAAUCAUUCGUUGUAUAUGUGAUAGGAAGCAAUCUCACAGUAUUAAAUUACUUUUUUACAGGUUUAGAAGUAAAUUACACUGGAUUCGCCCCGUUUAACAUUCUGUAUUUUAUUUUAGCUGAGAUGCCACCAAAGUUAGGACUUGUGAAUAUCCCACAAAGAAGAAAAGAAAGCAAAGAAAAUGCCCUAAAAUUACAGGAUUUUGUAAAGAAUAGCAUACUUUUAAGCAUGCCUUUGGGAUAGUAGAAAAGCUACCAUAUUUUAUUAAUCUGUUCUAGUUACUUAUAAAUUCAACUGUGCGAGGGGCCAGUAGAACCUUCCCCUCCAGUUCCAGCAUCCUUGAUGAAAUGUGGAACUGUCAUGUUUAGAGUUUGCUAAACACAUGCUAUCGGUAGGAAAAGAAACAAAUUGGAAACAUUCAUGUUAUACAAAUGGACCCCAAGACUUACCAGCUCCAGUAUAAUAGAAAUUCAUACAUGCAAGUGAGGGCUUGUUGAGCUGGCAGUGUGCCUCACAGCUCAGGCAGAACUGAGAAUUGGGUAGAGAACACAGAUAUCUCUAAGAUAUGAUGCACAACAAUACGAAUUUUUCUCUAACACACUUUAAAUUUGGUGUGCUUUUAAGUGGAAUGAGUUUUGAGGCUAUGUUCUCAUUUGAUUCUCAUUCUUGUUAGAAACCUAUCAUGGGCAUAAUUUGGUUUACAAGAGUGAAGAAGUCAGUUUAUCCCUGCAGGAAGAACAAAUUAAAAGGGUUGUGGACAGAUCUCAGUCAGCCCUUGAGCUAGUUAGUGUAAGCUAACAUGAUGGAAGCAUUACUACUUCUGUUUUUGUAUAUGUGCAAAUGCAGGGAGGAGGAAAAGACCACUGGUCUUUACAGCUAGUUUGGGCCUAGCUAGACCUUGUCUAGGCCCAGAGCAUUCUGCCACUGACAGCCUUUCUCUUUUCACAUUAAAGCUGGUUAGAGUGAGGCCCCGGGCUCCUUCCUCAACUAAGAGCACAGUAACUGUAGGGCCUCUUCCCUGGUGCUAAAGCUGUAUGGGUUGUUUUGUGCUGAACACCCUGGGAUGUGAGUAGGAGUGGGCCAGAAGCAGUAGUUGGUUGAUCUGUACCCUUUCCUUCCACCAUGGUGGCAUUUGAGCAGCUGUGUACACACUGCUCAAGAUAACCCUUUCUCCUCACUCUCCCGACCCUUUUACCCCCAUUACCUGUUGUUAGAGAGAAGCUGUGAACAAUAUAGGAAAAAAUUAGUAAAUUCUUUUUUCCUAAUCUCCCUUCUUGGUAUGUAGAGAGGUGAGAAAAUAAGGAAGAAAAUAAAUUGAACUACUGUAUUAUAACACUGUGAACGAGGGCAACAGAAACAUUGUCAGCCUUGUUGCAUCCCGUGUGGAGAUUUGGUUAUGCAUUACAGGUAUCAGUGCUUUAGCCCUUGUCUGGUACAUCCUGAGCUUUUACUGGUCUUGAAGUAUAGAUCUGCUAGAAGCCGUCAGGAGCUGCAAGAUUGCAGGAACACGUGACAGCGGAUUGCUGUAAAUUGGUAAUUUAGUCAUUCUCCAAGCAGGCUCUUUUUUUCUCUCUUUUCUCUCUCUUUUCUCUCUCCUCUAGAACUCUCUUUCCAAGUGUCUUAAGCAGAUGCAUUUGCCAUCUUCUCCAUUAGUGAAAGACAGUUGUGUGAUGUACAGUAGCGUAUAAGGAGAUCCGAAGGAGAUGUGCUCCCAGGCUAGAACGACUUGCACCCUGUGGAUAACUGCAGCCUGGUCAGAGUGGCGACUCAGCGGUCCCCAGGAGAGGCAGCACACUCCGUGGAUAAUGAGAAAUAGUUUCACACCUAUUUGAUUUUUACUGUAAUGGCUAACCUUUAUUAGAGUUUUUAUAAGUUAGAAGCUCUUUCCCCAAGACCCAAGAGAAAUGAAAGAUCCAGAAAGAAAAGGAAAAACUCUUGUAAGGUUUCUGGUUUGGGGUUUUUUUCCCCCUCAAAGUCUCUUCAUUUAAAAAGUAGCUGUUGGCUAAAGUUUAUUACAUUUGAUGCAUGUGGAUAAUAAAUAAGGACAAAAAUAUGCAUAUUCUUAAAUAAUUUUUUCCAUACUACUUUUUAAAAAGCCACUCCUCUUCUCCUUAACCAGGUUGGCUUAGUUCUUCUGAUAGUGCACAUGAGCUUCUUAACAGUUUAUUCUCAGUGAGCCCAGUCUGGUUGCUGUCAGAGGGCAAACUUUUCCAUGCUCAUCUUCAUUUUUAUGAUUAUUGGAAGCCUUAAGACCUGUCGUUUGUGCUCCUUAUUCAGUCAAACCUCAACUUUGUAAGUGUCUAUUCACCCUGCCAUAGCCCUCAGGCCUUGGAGGUUCUCAUCCUGACAUGGCAUUCAUCUGCGGAAUUGUUAUCCAUGCUAAUUGCUCCUGGAGUCAGUGUAUGGUGGUAGAUGUCCAAAACAAAACCCCAGUGUUGACAGUCAUCACAGAUACCAUAUCAGAAACAACCACUUGGUUGAACUUUUUUCUUUUUCUUUUUUUAAUGGACGUUCAAAUCUGUACAUAACGUACUGCUCUUUAGGCUAAUUUGAAACUUCACAGGAAGUCUUGUUAACCCAGCAGUCCCAAGGCAGGGACAGUUGCAUAGUAUCAGAACCCUGACCCUGACAUUCUUUCAGAGAAGCUGUUUUCAAGGAAACAAAAGGCUUAGAGUUUUCGAGGAUUAUUACCCUCCUUUGUGCCUGUCAGUUCACUCCCUGCCAGAUUCUGCAUGGACCCCCCCACUGCGGAAGUUGGUUCCCUGUGCAUGAGAGUCGAGGGCUGUUAAAGUUGAGGCUUUCUGGGAUACAGUGUCCCUCUGUUCAACACUUCGGUGAAGGUACUUGGAAUUUUUUGCAGAGGCUUGUACUCCUGGGCUCACAUCACUGUUUAGGAACUAAGACUGUGAUUGUGGCUUGCUUUAUGAGAAGAAACCAGGUCCCCCCUUUUUCUCUUUUCGUGAAUUGGACUCAGCACCAUGCAGCCAGCCUUAGGACACUGCACUUCAUCCAGCUUUCCUUUUGGGAAAACAGGACUUGAGUGAACACUUCUCUUUCCUAUCUCAUAUGAAGCUGUGUCUCCAGGCUGCGUGUUUAUCCCUCUCUGCUUUGUAGGCCUUUGCUUAACUGACUAGUCUUUCUCUCAUUCUGUACCAGGAGACUCUCAGAACCUUUAUGUAGAAAUGCCUGAUAACCAACUAAUUGUCCUGCAUGUGUUUUUGAAAAAGGUGGGGUUGGGUAAAGUUGGAAACAGGGGUGUGGAUAUUAAGUAAGUCACUGAUGCUGACCCCAUUGAGACACUCUGUGGGACUCCUUUUCCCUAGCAGAGGUUUGGGUACCUCACCCUCCUGCCUUGCUCACAGCACCUGGGAGCCCAGGCCAGUGUCCACCAGCCUAUGACACACAAGAUCAGGGAUUCUUUGCUCCUGCUGCAAACGCUGUGUGAAUUUACUGGCCAGUACUGGAAAGGGGACUGCUAUUUAUUUUUAUAUUGUGUAUAUUUUGUCGUGGUCUGCUGAUUCCCUGUUUCACUGAGAGCGAUACUUACCUCAAUAGUUAGUUCAAUAUUGUGUGUUGGAUAAUUUUUUAAAAGAACUUUUUAAAAAGC